AUGUUUUCUAAGGUCCUUGUGUGCUCCCUUUUCGCCUACGUGGCAUGCGGAGUUGUCGUCGAGAACGUACACGUACCGCAGCCGUACAGCUUUGGUUACGACAACGUCGACGAGUUUGGCACCCGCCUAACACGCCAGGAGACUGGUGAUGAGUUCAACAACAAGGUUGGCUCCUACGGAUACGUAGACGCUCACGGCGUUGCUCGCACGGUCAACUAUGUCGCCGACGCCCUCGGUUUCCGUGCUACCGUUGAAACCAACGAGCCAGGAACCAAGACUUCCGCCCCAGCCGAUGCCCCUACUUACUCCUCGUCUGUCGAGGUUGCUGCUCCAGUUGUAGUGAAGGCUGUUCACUCCGCCCCAGUUGUGGUAAAGGCUGUUCACCCAGCCCCAGUUGUCGUCAAGGCUGUUCACCCAGCUUCAGUCGCCUACACCCACAGGGUGGCUCCCCUUGCGUACAGCACUGUUGCUCGUGCUCCCCUCGGCUACACUCUCGGCCACACCACCAUCGCUUGA